GUUUUGUUUUGGUUAACCCCUUGUGGUUUAAAAUUGUUAAAAAUUGUGUUAUUGACGAUUAUAUUUACGAAAUGUCGGAUUAUGAUCGAAAAAAGUAUAGCAUUUCAAACAAAAACAAAUUAUACUCUGCCGCGGGAGAUGCCUUAAGCCUUAAACGGAAUCCUGUAAUGAAAGCAAACAGUUCUAAUAAAGAUAUUGUAAAGGAAAUGAAUGUAUCAGAGAGAAAAGUUAAACAGCCCACGAUUUUGCUAAAAACCAGAGAACCAAAUCUUGAAGACUUUUCAUCUCCUAAAAGAAAAGCAAAAGAAUUGGAAAAUACUAGUAUCAAUAUGCCCACAGCCUCCAAAGAAAAUGAUGUUAACACAGCUGUGGUUAAAAAUAUGAAUACAUCCCUAAAAUUUAUAGAGGAUAGCACAAUUAAAAUAGAACAUUUGCAAGAUUAUAUUCAAGACAAUAGUGAUUUUUUAGUAAUAGGAGUUGUAGGAGCCCAAGGCGUUGGUAAAUCAACUGUAUUAAAUUAUAUCUCCCAAAAUAACAUACCUAAGAAUACUUCGCAAAUAUGCAAUCCAAAUAACUCUGAAAAUCAUAAAACUUUGCCUGUACAGUUAGAAAAACUGAGUACAAAUUUAGAAAGUGAAGUAUUUAAAGUUCAAACCUGUGAGCAGUUGGAAAAUUGUACAUCCGGUACUCAAGGGGUAGAUAUUUUUAUCACCCCUGACAGGGUUGUAUUACUAGACUGUCAGCCCUUUUUAUCUUUGAGUUUACUUGAUGAUUUAAUAGACGGUGAUAAUAAGAGGACAAAUUUGAUUAGUGAAUUUAUUCCAUUGGAGAAUAGUGGAGAGAUACAGGCAUUACAGUAUACGGCAUUCCUAAUGUCCAUAUGUCACAUACUCCUUGUUGUACAAGACUGGUUUUUCGAUAGUAAUGUUGUCAGAUUUAUCCAAACUGCAGAGAUGUUAAAACCAACAGCCUCAAAUCCAGAAGAUGACUAUUCCGAGCAUUUUCCUCAUUUAUUAUUGAUACAUAAUAAGGCCAAUAUGACAGAUUAUACCCCAAGUCAGUUCAAGACUAUGCAAAAGGUCUAUAAAAAUGUUUUUCAUAAAACUAAGCUUCAACUGCAGUCAAAUAUUGGAAUGGGUUCUGGAAGACUAAUGAAUAGUUUGAACGCGGAAAAUUGUGGCAGUCCAAUUAAUUUGUUCCUACUUCCCGAUUUUACUGAAGAGAAUGGAAUCUACAGGGGUCACCCGCCUUUGCAUGAGCUAAUAAAGAGGCUGCGAGCGAAUUUGUUCGGAGUAGCAAAACAUCCUUUAACUCAUGUUCAGUUAACUGAAAAAACGUGGCUAAUAUAUUGUGCCAAAGUGUGGGACACUGUCAAAAAGAGUCCUUUUUUUGUUGAAUAUUCAAAACUGAUGCCCUAAUAGCUUGAAAUUGACAUGAAAAAUUUUACUUUAAAAAUGAAGGUCACGUCUGAUCCACGCACAUUCGAUUUGCAAAACUACCAUACUUGUAGAAGAUUUGAGGAGUCUGCUAUAUCUACAUAUUCAACAUGAAAAACAUGAAACUACGCAAUAAAAAGGCUGGAUGGUGUGUUCAAA